UACCAGUAUGGGAGGCAGCACUGGAGGUCUGACAAAUGGAACCACUGGAUGGAGUAAUUCUUCAAUGAACAAUAUCUAUUGCCCAUCAUUCAUGUGUAAUUACUCAGACUGCUACUCUAUGUACAUGAGUCAGAACGCCACAAUGUGUCCUGCUGGUUAUGACUAUUGUGAGUUAAUAAGACAGAUGGACGUUUGCUACACUGUUAGCUGCAGUGCCUCCUGUUCCAUGAGCUGUUCUAAUACAUCUCAAAGUAACUGCACGGUCCACUGCUGUAAUUCUACCGACUGCCUCAACAAUACUUUUGCUUCCAUGAUGAUGAUGAGCACAACACCAGCUAUGACAACUAGCAGAGUCACAACCACAUAUCCUACAACCCCAACCACCACAGCUGCCCCAACCACACAAGGAGGAAAUAAAUGUCAUACUGGAAAAUGCAAUGGCACAGACUGCUACAAAAACUUUAAUACACCCAUGGUCUGCUCUGCAUCUCAAUCACACUGUCAGUUGAAAAAGGAGACUGUUGGCACCACUGUGCAGUGGACAGCUGGAUGCACCACUAACUGUUCAGGACAAACUUCAUGCAAAGCCUCUACCCAACCUCCAUGCCACCUCGAGUGCUGCAAUGCCACUGUGACCUCCUGCUUGUGGCUCAAUGGCACGCUGAACGUCCCCUCUUUUGCCACAAGAGGGCCCCAGCUGCACGCACAAUUGGUUACUUCAGUCCUGGUUAUUUUUGCUCUUAGUGUAAUGCUGUAAAUGAGGAUGUACAUGUAUCAACUCACAGGAGUCGUUCUUGUACAUCAAGUUAUGUCAGACUUUAAUAAUUUGUAAAUAGAUUUGGGAUUUUAUUGCAUUUCUGUUGAUGUUGGUUUGUUUUCUAUUCCCAAUAUUUUCAAGUUCAAGGCCAAUUUAAAAGGGGUUUGAACAGUAUUUUUAAAGAAAAUAAAUCAGCUCACAUAACUCAGCAGUGAAUUCAUAAAGAUAAGCUAUGUUACAUUUUGGAGUGCAAGUAAAAAGUCAGGACUUUAUCUCUCCAGCCUCUUUUCAUAAACAAGGUCUACUGUUGUUUUCUUACAUUCACCUGUGCCUUAAUUUAAGAGGGAAGCUUUACAAAAGCAAUCCCAUGAAAUGAUAAUGUUCUACUUUUACCAGCAUGGAUUGUGUACUAUUGAAGCCAUUGUGAGAAGAACACAGCAAAGACUGUGUAUGCACUUUACAAGAUACCGCAUUAUAUUCCAGGUUAAGGUUUUGUGAAGGUAAUGCUUCAGCAUUUUGUAGAUGAUAUUUUGUUGAGAUGUGCAACGUUUGUUUAAUUCUGUGCUAAUCUUAUGUUAAAUGAUUGCGUUUUAUAUUAUCAUUUCU